GCGGUUGAGAGCGGCCACAGAAAUGCGGAGGAUGAGCCGUGACAGCGCAGAAAACAGGGUGGUGCUGGCGGAGCUGGGCGUGAUUCCCUCGCUGGUGGACCUCUUAACCAUCUCCGCUGUCUCCGCUUGCAAGCAGCCUCUGCUGGCGCUGCUCAACCUCGCCAUCGGAAACAGCAGGAACAAGCAGUGGAUCGUCGAGGCCGGAGCGGUGCCAAUCCUGGUCCGGAUUCUAUCCAGCGCUACCUCGGCUGCGGACGUUGUCGAGAGCGCCAUAGCUGCUCUACUCUCGCUGUCAGCCCUGGAUUCCAACAAGCCCAUCAUAGGCCACUCGGGUGCAUCCCAGCAGCUGGUGCGGAUCGUCCGCACCAAGAGCAGCAGCAGCAUCAUCAAGGAUUCCACCCGCGUCUUGUACAACCUCUCCAUUUCUUCCGCAAAUGUUGGGCGUAUGGUGGCGGAUGGUGCAGCCGACGCCCUCCUCAACCUCCUCAACACGGACGCCGAUAGCGACCCGCUGGUUGCCGACAGGAUCCUGGCCACGCUGGGCAAUCUGGCGGAGCUCUCAGAAGAGGCACGCAAAUGCCUCACCUCCUCCGCUGCCAUCGCCAAGCUCCUCACGGCGCUCGCAUCCUACACCGCAACCAUGGAAGAAACGUCAUCUUCGUCGUCGUCGUCGGCGUCGGCUUCGUCCGGCUCGGAAGAGGACUCCCAAGUAUAUUCGAAGCAUCUUGGCCCUGCCGCCACGGUCGCACGGUGCCAGGAGCGAGUCCUCUACGUGCUCAUGCUGCUCACUCACCACAGCUGGCCUGCUCGCCAGGCCAUGGUGAGCGCUGGUGCUGUCACUCCACUCCUGGAGGUGGCACUGCUGGGCACGGCCAUCGCGCAGAGGAGGGCGGCACGGAUCCUCGACUGCCUGAGGGAGGAGCGCUUCCAGCGAAAUGCCAGGCCAAUGUCGGCACCACUCGCGCUCCCGCUCGCAGCUUCGUCCAGGAUGGUCCAGGCCCCAAAGCAUGCAGUGUGCGAGGAGCGAAGGGCCGUCAACUGGAUGGUGAAGCAGAGCUUGGAGAGGAAUAUGGAGAAGAUGGUGCGCCGCGCCAGGCUUCCUUCCGAGGAUCUAGACGCCAGCAGCAGGAUGACAAUAAGCAGUAAGCUCAACAGGAGCUUUGGCAGCAGUUCCAGCUCCAAGGCGAUGCUUGUCUGAUAGAUUUUUGUACAUAAAGGAGGAGCUACUUGGCCGGCGAUGA